AAGUCCUGUUUAGGACUUCUCAUUUCCAGUUACUACCUUUGUAAUCUUGGCUUCUCUGCCUCCAAUCUGUUUCCACUCUAAGCCAUUUUGCAGACUCACUGGCCCUAAAGUACUGUUUUCCCAUAAUUCCCUGCUCAAGGUUACAGAGCCCUGCCAUGCUAAUCUCCUUUGUCCAGUUGUGGUCCCACUAGCCUUUCAAGGUUUACAGGAUUACUGCCCAACCUACUUUAAAUACACUGCCUUUAUUUCCCUUGUAUUCAAACAUCUCAUUCCCAUCUCUACUCUUAACUUUGUCCUUUUUGGUUUUGGUAAUGUCGGCACAAAAUCCAUAACUUAACAGAAGACUCCGGUAAAAAAAAGUCUUUCUGUUUUCCAGUCAUCCAGCUCCCUCUCCCUGCGGAAAAAAUGCAUGCAAGCCUUUCAGAGUCUGGGCCUGGUGUAGCCUCUAACAUCCUUUCCAACACAUGGGCUUCAAGGAAGUUGCAGUGCUCUUUGAGCCUACCUGGAGCCCCCCACCCCACCCCAACACACACGCACACCACUCUUACGUGCUUAGCUCUUUCUGUUCCAAAGGUCAUUUGGGAUGACCUUUAUGAAGCCCUCACUGGAUCGAUAUUCUGGCACACUAAUCGGUGCUCAGAAAAAUACCUGAUGACUGAAAGACGUGGUCAAAUUGAGUAUCUUUCUCUUCUGAACUUCCACAACACUUUUCUUGCAACAGGUCUAUUGCUCCUGAAUUCGCACAGGAUCCGUGCCUGAAGCACGUGCUUGUCAUACGGUAUAAAUAGCUACCACACCGAGUGCAGGAGUGGGUUUCUGCACAAGAACAAACUGACCAGUCCCUCGUCCCAGGCGCCACCUCCUUUCCUCUACAUCCCUGCUUACAACAGUCGGCCGACUUCCCUUCUCUUCCAGAGCAGGAAACCAGUAUUACGCAGACGAGUGCUCACGUACCUCCGAAGGCGGGAGGCCAGGAGAAUUUUGUCCUGCCUGCUCCCCGUCUCUCCGGUGGCGCUGUGAGAGCUGCGUCGGCGUGCGUGGCUGCGCAGCCGCAGACCCAGCCGAGUGGGCGGGGCCGGCUCUUGGCGGCUGUUGGCGGCGGUCGGCGCGGCCGGGGAGGCGGCUGCACGUGCAGGCGGGGGCGAUGCGUCACUGAUCCGUGAGGCCCGGCCUUAGGGUCGGCCUCCCUCUGGAGUCUACGGCUGCCACCUUCUCAGUUAGUGCCUUCCGCCGGGUUUGGGAGGAAAAGGAUGAAUAUGACUCAAGCCCGGGUUCUGGUGGCCGCAGUGGUGAGUCUGGUGGUUGUCCUUCUCUACGCCUCCAUUCACAAGAUCGAGGAAGGACACCUGGCUGUGUACUACAGGGGAGGAGCUUUACUAACUAGCCCCAGUGGACCAGGCUAUCAUAUCAUGUUGCCUUUCAUUACUACGUUCAGAUCUGUGCAGACAACACUACAAACCGAUGAAGUUAAAAAUGUGCCUUGUGGAACAAGUGGUGGGGUCAUGAUCUAUAUUGACCGAAUAGAAGUGGUUAAUAUGUUGGCCCCUUGUGCAGUGUUUGAUAUCGUGAGGAACUACACUGCAGAUUAUGACAAGACCUUAAUCUUCAAUAAAAUCCACCAUGAACUGAACCAGUUUUGUAGUGCCCACACACUUCAAGAAGUUUACAUUGAAUUGUUUGAUCAAAUAGAUGAAAACCUGAAGCAAGCUCUCCAGAAAGAUUUAAACGUCAUGGCCCCAGGCCUCACCAUACAGGCUGUGCGUGUUACAAAACCCAAAAUCCCAGAAGCCAUAAGAAGAAAUUUUGAGUUAAUGGAGGCUGAAAAGACAAAACUUCUUAUAGCUGCACAGAAACAAAAGGUUGUGGAGAAAGAAGCUGAGACAGAGAGGAAAAAGGCUGUUAUAGAAGCGGAGAAGAUUGCACAGGUGGCAAAAAUUCGGUUUCAGCAGAAGGUGAUGGAGAAAGAAACUGAAAAACGCAUUUCUGAAAUUGAAGAUGCUGCAUUCCUGGCCCGAGAGAAGGCGAAGGCAGAUGCUGAGUAUUAUGCUGCACACAAAUAUGCCACCUCAAACAAGCACAAAUUGACCCCGGAAUAUCUGGAGCUCAAAAGGUACCAGGCCAUUGCUUCUAACAGUAAGAUCUACUUUGGCAGCAACAUCCCUAGCAUGUUCAUGGACUCCUCUUGUGCUUCGAAAUAUUCAGAUGUUAGGACUGGAAGAAAAAGUUCUCUCCUCUCUAAGGAGACUCUUGAACCCUCUGGAGAGAGCCCCAUCCAAAACAAGGAGAGCACAGGUUGAUGCAAGUGGUGGAAAUGUACUCCCAUAUCAGAAUGUGGCCCAAGGGGUUAAGUGGGAACAAUGGUUAUAUGACUCCUCAGAUUCACAGAGAACCUGUGCUCCAUCUGUUCUGCCUCUCCUGUGGUAGCCCUGGUUUAUCAGCCGAUUGCAAGAUAGAGCCAGUUGUCUGGCACCCAAAUGUCUUUUCAGCCACAGUUUUUAUCAAGUAUCCUGUGUGUCUUCCUUUCUGAACUGGUACUCAUGAAUGAGGGAAAGUGUGAUGCUAAGAUACUGCCUGCACUGGAAUGUUACACAUUAAGUAUAUAACAAGCUGUGUUUUUCUAAGCUGAGAUCCUGUUGAAUAAUGUUUACAUUGGUCCCUGGGGAAAUGUGUGCUCAGCCAUUCAAGACAUAGGAGGCCAGAGAAGAUGGCCAGGAUGCGGUAAGUGUAAAGAAAACCGAUUACGCCUGGGGCCCAAGCUCUCUCUUUGGGGUCCAGUCCCAGCGUUCAUCCAUGUGAUUAGCAUCUAGUCCACUGAAGUUCUCCAGGAAAUGAUCUUCCACUUGAGCAAAUAUUUACUUGAUACUAUUUGCACCUUUUUGUUUUCCUAUAGUCGAGUUGGUGGCCUGCUGGGAUAUGUACCUUGCCACCCAACCAGGGAUUCCUAAUCACUAGUUAUUGCAUUAGUAGGCUCAGAGAGAGAGCUUGGCUUGAAGUUCUGGGUGAGAUGAAACCUUUGCUUUGAACCAAAGCUCUGGGGCCCUCCAUUCCCCUCCAUUGGAUGAUGACUAUCUGUGUCACUGCCCCAGGCCAUUCAUAAUGAAGGUGCCUGGUUUUUAGCCACAGACAACUCCUUAUAUGUCACCUCUCAGCUCUGGCUGGCCAAGAGCAAGGCAGGGCUUUAACCAGAAUGAGGAGCAGCAUGUAAUUUCCCAGCUGUUCACUGCACAGUAUUAUAUCAUAACUGCAGGAAGUUUUCAUAAAAACUGGAUUUGGGGUACAUUUAUUUGCCCCAGUACCUCUGCCUGAAGGCCAAGUCCUAGGGCUGCCAUGGUUACUAGCACAUUGAUUCUCCUCAAUAUUGUUCUUCUGGAGCCUACAUAGUGUGGAACAGAGUAACAGCAUCUUUGGUCAUCUUUGUUUCAUUUUUUUUUUUUUUUAACCUGGCUCUGAGAUGCUGAAAUCAAAGUUGUUCUCCAGCUUUCACCUUCCCUAGGAAGUCAGGAUUCCACUGACUUCCUGGGCUGCCAGGGGAUUUAAUCUCCCAUGGGAGGAUGACAGAGUGAGUUACAAGUUAGCCUGUGGCUAUGGGAGACCUAUUUCAUCUGGGCCUUUUUCCCCUUCGGAUUAGCUUUCCUGAAACAGUGUGCCCCAUAGUUAGGCCUGAGUUUGUGCAGCUUUUUAAGACACUUUUCGUGUAUACUGUGGUCAAGCCAGACAGAAAAGUCAUGGGACCACUUCCAGAAACCUUUCCGCUGUCAGUCCUGUCAGUCUCAUGACAGCUUGCGGGUUGUGCCAAACACUUUCUAUGGGGAAGGAAUCCCAAAUUUGAGUGGGUCUUUUCCCUGGGCCUUAUACUAGAGAGGCAUUUGUAAUAAUGGAGAGAAUCCUUUUUUAAUUUUUGCUUAUUGUAUACACUCUCUUUAUGAAUGGAUCUGGUGUUCUCUAGCCCUCCUUUAAAGAACCUUUGAACUAUAAGAAUAAACUCUUCAUCUGUCAUGUAUUGUUGCUGCAGAUAGAUAAUGAUUGUUGUGGGAAAUUUGGGUCAUUGACCUUUGUGCUUUCAUUCCUAGAGAUGUUUCCUAUUCCCGUGAGCUAAAAGCUGUUGCCCUGAAGUGAUGGAUGUGGGUUUUCUUACAAGCCCCCUGGUGGCAGAGUUGAGGAACAGGGAACUAGUGUUGUGAAGUUGUAAAGAAACUACUUCCACUUAAACUCUCCAUGGAGUGUGCUUCCCAGUGCUCGCUCAGGCUCUAAGUCUAUCCCUCCUGUAGGGAUGUUCCUUUUGGCAAAUAUACACUGUAAUCUUGAAGUCUAAAUUUAUAUGUGAAUUGCUACCUUUUUUUAAAAAAAGAAACCAAAUAAAAUUAUUUUACUAUCA